UUCACCAGCCACAACCGAGUGCAGUUGAAUAUUUGUUCGGCAGCUAAAAACUGUUAAUUAAGUGUUUGUAAACCUAUAAUUUAACAAUUCAUAACUAAUUGUUUAUUGCAUUUCUCAUAAUGCCAAUUGUACAAACUGUUUUGGGUACGAUUGAUCCCAAUCUUCUGGGUCGCACACUCACUCAUGAACAUAUAGCCUUGGAUUUUGAAGGCUUCCAUUGUGAGCCCCCAGUGGACUUCAAACCCUAUUUGGAUGGCAAGAUAUGCAUGGAAAAUUUGGGUUUUAUACGCCAAUAUCCCUAUUCGAAUCGCAGCAAUACACGCUUCUACGAUGAAGAGACCCGUACAGCGGUACUUAAAGAUUUGGAAUUGUAUAAGAAAUUCGGAGGUGGCACCAUUGUGGAGAACAGUUCACAUGGCCUGAGAAGAAAUUUGGAAUUUAUGGUGGAGUCAAGUAAAAAGACUGGAGUUCAUAUUGUGGCAGGAACAGGUCACUACAUCCAUGAUUUGCAAGAGACCGAUCACAAGAAUAUGACAGUGGAACAAAUGACCGAUUUGUAUUCAAAGGAAAUUAUCACUGGUGUCGAAUUGGAGGGUUUGGGUAUGGUGAAGUGUGGAUUUAUUGGUGAGGUGGGCAGUGUUUAUCCCAUACAUGAAUUUGAGAAGCGUGCCAUUAAAGCCACCGGUGAAAUUCAAGAAGUCUUGGGUUGUGGUGUUUCCUUUCAUCCCGGUCGUGAUGCCGAAGCUCCCUUUGAAAUCGUUCGCUUGUAUUUGGAAGCUGGAGGCAAGGCUUCCAAGUGUGUCAUGUCCCAUUUGGAUCGCACUAUUUUCGAUAUUGAUCAACUUUUGGAAUUUGCCAAAAUGGGCUGCUAUAUGCAAUACGAUCUCUUUGGCACAGAAUGUUCUUUCUAUCAGCUAAAUAUGACCGUCGAUAUGCCUUCGGAUGCCCAAAGGAUAAAUAAUCUCAUGAAACUGAUUGGCGAGGGACAUGUGGACAAGAUUCUCAUGUCACAUGAUGUACAUACCAAACAUCGUUUAACUUCCUAUGGUGGUCAUGGCUAUCAUCAUGUCCACAUGAAUAUUUUGCCCCGUAUGUUUGCCAAGGGCCUUUCGGUGGAUCAAGUGGAACAAAUGACUGUAGUCAAUCCAGCCAAAUGGUUGGAGUUCAACAUCUAAUUGAAGAACUGUUUUGUGUUAUGCAUAACGUCCAAUUUCGUAUCAAAUGCUUUAAUUUCCUAAUCCCAUAUUUAUGAUGGUUUACUAUGAUAAGAUUAUUUACUUGAUUUAACUAAUAAAUGUAAUAAAACUAUACACAGAGUGUAAAGACCACAGA